AUGGAUGCAGACAAUUGUAGUAAUGCGCUCAUUUUGUAUGAGGCUGCUAUACGUGAAAUCGAACGACGUUUGUAUGAGAUAAAACGUGUUGAACAGUUGUCUACAGCAGUAAUUAAGCUGCGUUUAGGUUCCCUUCAGAAAGCAGCUGAUUCACUACAGACAGCCGCUUCUGAAUAUUAUAAGGAGAUUAAGGGUCGAGAAUUAGUAAAUGCUAUAACGAGGACUAAUGCAGUUAUUCAUGAUAGGCAGGACAUGAAUGAUGUCAUCAAGUUUACUAUGCUGACUAGUUAUCUUAAGGGUAAAGCACGCGAAACCGUUGAGGGUUUAGCUAUAACUCCAGCUAAUUAUAGUCCAGCGAUAAACCUACUGAAAACUCGUUUUUCCAACGUUGGGAAAUUAGAAGAGAACUUAAGAAAUCGGCUGUUAAGUUUACCGCACCCUGAGCAUGAUGCAGAGCAACUGAUGGAUUUCCUUAUGAAAUGGAAUAGCAUCGUUCAUCAGUUAGACGCUUUACCAGGUAUUACGAGCGGCGACUCUAAUGAGAAAGCAAUUAUCAAGCGGUGUUUAUCCAAAGAAACAUUGCAAGCCUUGUAUCAGAGAUAUGAUACUUGUGAACUCAGUGUAGAUCAAUUGAGAAAGGGCAUUGAAAAAUUAAUUGAGCGUUUAGGUAGAAGUAAUAUGCAUAACCCCACGCCAUCACCAUCCAACCCAGUUAAGAGUGGCAAGGAUCGUAACACGAGUUCGAAAAACGAGCGUCAAGCUAAUUCGCCUAGUAGUGCUUGCAACACUAAUGUUAGAAAUACCCCUAAGAAAAUAACUUUUUCUUGUUGUUUUUGUCAAGGCGAACACAGCGGUAAGGUCUGCAUGAAAUACAAUACUUUAGAGACUAGAAGAGCUCGUAUCAAUGAAUUACAACUAUGCUAUGGUUGUUUAAGAAAGGGUCAUCGUUUAUUUGAAUGUAACAGUAAGAGUAAGGCAUAUUGUUUUAUCUGUAAUGGUAAACAUCAUACAUUCCUAUGUGCUAGACUAUUACCUAAUUCUACGAGCAUCAAUGUAAAUUUGUCUCAGCAACCUUCUAGCACCAAAUCAGGUCAUAGUAGAGCUGAUAAUAAGCCUAUAGAAACUGCUCAAUCGCAGCCUAGUUUCAGGACUAGUCAGAAAUCAGCGGCUACGAAUAAUCAGAGUCAUUCUCAGAAUAAUGUUAACAGUAAUCAAAUAACUGUGAAAAAUGUCGCAUCUCUUCGACCGACAGCGUUACCGACAGCCACCCUUCUAUUGAGUAAUGAUGGGAAUCGGAUCCCGGUUCGAGCAUCUUUAGACAGCGGAUCUCAAAGAACGUUCAUUAACCCAGAUGUUGUUGAGAAAUUGAACUUAGUGCCCAUAAAGCAAGUGAAACUCACAUUAAUUCCGUUUGGAGAUAAUGUUGAAACUAAAAUGUUUGAUGUAGUAAGAGUAAUGGUUCGAGCAGGUACUAAACGUAUCAAAUUAAACGCUGUUGUUUGUAAUCAUGUUAACACUUCCAUACACACACCUGGUCUACACAACGUGUAUCUGAGAUUGCAAGAAGGAGGUGUUAAACUGGCAGAUAAGAAUAUUGAAUCAGAUACCCACAGUGAUAUAGGUUUGAUUAUUGGUGCUGAUUAUUAUAAUGCAUUUGUGUAUUGUCACGAUAAAUAUGAUGAUGUAUGCUUGCUUGGUAGCACCGCCGGUGCUGUUAUUUUUGGUCCUAUACCCAAUUGGGCUUGUAAUGUUAUCAGUGAUGAUGAAAAUGUAAGAUCUGUAAUAAGUACACAGAGUAUAGUUUGCUCGAGAGUCACUGCUUCUGUAAAUCCUCUUGAUGGUGAGGAUAUUUCUAGACUGUGGUCAUUAGAUACGAUCGGCAUCGGGAAGGAUGCGCGAUCCUAUAACGAUCAAGCAGCGAUCGAACAUUUCAAUGAGACUAUUGUAAAGACUGAUAACAAAUAUACGAUUGAUUUGCCAUUUAAGAGCGAUGCCAGACCCCCUACGUGUUAUAGAAAAGCCUUAGGUCAAUUAUAUUCACUUAAGAGAACCUUUCAUUCUAAACCAGUCAUGUUUGAUCAGUAUCAGUCUGUUUUAGAUGAGUAUGUUAAGUUAGGAUUAUUGAGGAGGUAA